AGUGAUCUUUAGCUGUUCAAUUUAAGUGAAAAUAAUCAAUUUUAUGAGAUAGUUAUUAAAAAACCACCGCAAAAACAAGUACACAAGAAACACGUUUAAUGACUAUAAAUGAGAGAGGGAGGGGGGAAAUCACGACCUAAAUUGAUAAGAUUAUUCUAAAGAACUAAAAUACUUGAUUUCAAGUAAAGGCAAGAUACAAUUGUAACAGUAUCGAUUCCACAAAGUAAGUCAAAUCUUUAAAUCGUUUACCGGAUAGACACUCACGGGAUGGAAAGGCUGACGGUGUUUAGAAUACUCCUCCUAUUUAUCUGUGAUCAUUUCUAUAGCCUGGGUUUCGAAGAAAAUCUACGUUACGAAGUAACCGAAAGAACAGCCAAACGAUUUCUUCGCUCUACACACACCUAUGUUGACUGCAGAGACAAGUUCUGUGGCGAGUUUCGCAGUGAACAUGGUUUGGAUGGCGACUGCUUGACAUAUUUUGCCACUGGAGGACCAAAAGUAAAGAACGAAGGUUGUACAACAUCUGCCUGCCCAAUUGGGACGUCCUGUUAUAUUCCGAGUACACCUGACAUAGCCACGUGUCCAGAUUUAUUCAAGUGUUCAGAAAAUCCAUGUUUGGGCUAUCCCUGCACAGAAGCGUCCGAUUUGUGUUUCCACGAUGGGCCAAAUUCAACACAAAUGUUCAAAUUGCAACACUGGAAAAUCCGACAUUGUCUUCGUCAUAGACUCAUCUGUCAGUGUAGGAAAAUACCUCAACAAAUCCACUGACUUCUUGUUGGGAGUUAUCACUGGUCUAGAGAUCGGAAACACUGCUUUUAGAGUGGCACUGAUGACGUAUUCAUUCGACCUGAACGUCCAGUUUGCUUUUGAUCGCUACACGUCAAAGACAUUACUACUGGGUGCUAUUCACGGCGUGGCAGCUCAGAGUGGAGUUACGUUUACUGCAAAGGCAUUACACGGAGCAGAAGAGUUAUGCAGGAAUUCUUCUAGACAGGAUGUUUACAAAAUUAUAGUUCUAAUAUCCGAUGGACUUUCCACCGACAGAAUAGAUGCUAUUCGUUUUGCGACAAGGUACAGAAAAUCCAAAAUUCUUUUCAUCGUGACUGUCGGGAUAGGGAACAAUAUUGCGCACACUGAGCUAUUGAACAUUGCGUCUGAGACAGAGGUUCCUCUCAUGCUUCCACCCAGCCCAGGCGAUAUGAUCGAUACCAUUCGCAUACUCUCUAUGCACCCUUCUUGCUCGAAGUGCAAAAUAUCUUCAACGACAGAUGUCUUGAUUCUCCUGGAUACAAAAUUGAAACAUCAACUUAGUAUUGAUGUUACCAUGGAAAUCGCGCUUAAACUAAAAGCAAGCGCUAAAGAUACACAAGUAGGCGUGAUAACUUUCUCUAAUGCUACGACUUAUUAUUUGAAUCUCAGCAGUAUUUCUGACAGUGUUAUGGCGUCAAUCCAGUCCGUGUCAGAAUCACAUGCUGAACCACGUGUAUAUUCAGCGUUAGAGUACGUGUCAUCCGAAGGAUUUGCUACUCGCCGUGGCGGAAGACUUAAUUCCAGAAAACUUAUAAUCAUCGUAUCCAGUGGUAACUGGACCAACCUGGCAGAGGUAAAAAAGAAAAUACGAACAUUAAAACAACAAAAUAUCCGGGUAUCCACAGUUAUUAUUGGAGAGUAUUCAGAAUACGAAACAGUCAAACCCCUUUUGGACGACCCUUAUUAUGCAUUCUAUGUCGGAGAUUCAACACAAACUGAAGUUCUUCAAUCCUUUCCGUCACUUGCAACGUACACUAAAUGUGGAAACUGAAAUGAAGAACCAUCAUUGGAAUGUUAAACACCAAUCACUGCGCCAUCUCCACCAUACCAUAUGCACACUUCUUAUACCCCCCCCCCCCCCCCCUUAUAGAGACUCAUUAUCUUAUCUUAUGAAUGAAGAGGUUUUAGAGAAUGGCGGGUUUUUUGUAUUAGAUAUACUUCGUGAAGAUUGAACUACUGACAGCAACUUUAAAACAAUGAUGAAGUCUAAACAACUUGGAACAGAUUAAACAAUGAAAGUGAUAUUGAUUUAAAAGUUUUUCAAAAGGAGCCAACAACAUGGCGACGGAAAUCGCCAUCAAACGGUCAGAGUUAUCAAAUAGAAAAAUUCAAUUAUUCAUCGUUAAAUGCCAACGGGAGAAGCAGUCAAACCGAAUACAUACACUGCUUUCAGAUUAUAGUAACAUAGAAGUGAUAAGGUUUGAGUGAGAUGCUCUUGAGGACCGUAUUACUAGAUUUUUCAUUGUGUAAUGAUUCAUGUGAGGAAAUUGUGUCUUGAAAAACAUUUUACUGAAGGACUCGAUAUAUUGGAUGAGAAACAUUUCACCUUGAUGAGACUAAUUAGUGAAUAUAUUCGCGAGAAGGAAAUGGAGUCAGCAGGGAAACCACAAAAUCGUCCUGCGGUCGUAGUACAUGUUCUCAUCGUUCAUAUCAUUCAUCUCGUAUAUUCAGCAGGGAAAACACAAAAUCGUCCUGCGGUCGUAGUACAUGUUCUAAUCGUUCAUAUCAUUCAUCUCGUACAUUCAGCGUGUUCAUAGGGGAGCUUUGUAAAAUUCAUUGACUUUGAAGAUAAAACUAGUGCUAAUUUAGAAAUAAAUUAAAACUUUGAAAGAACUAGAGAUAGCACUUGUAUGCAAAGUUGGAAGUUCUUUAUUCAUUAGGGGGGGGGGGGGGUCGUCAGUUCUGAAAAUCAUUUAAAAUAUGAUACCAAAAACAUGUUGAUGAAUUCACAAACCAAUAUCUGGAGAUGCAGUCGAUUCCAGCUAAAACUUUAGAAACUUUAAUUCGAAUGUGAACUACUUUACACCACAAACUUUCAUUUCAUCUUGGUCCGUUACAAAUAACUGGAUUUAUCCAUCAAUUCCGUUGAAUGGUACUUCUAUGUUUACUCCGAGUUCCUGGACAAUGCUUCUACACUACUAAGUCCUGUGGUUAUUUAAAUUCCUCACAUAGUUUCAUUUGUUCCAACAUUUGGAUCUGUUACGUCAAGUUCUGAACCAGUUCCGACCUCUUUAAGGUAUCACACCGGUAAUUGACCAAUCGAAAUGAACUUAGUCAAUUGUAGUUCCAUACAUUUAAAAGAAAUGGUUUUUUUUAUUCGUGCGCGAUUUUUUUUAAUUUCCCCUUAUUUGUUUUUCUUAAAUUUUGUACACAUGAUUAGGAAAUUUUAUCUAAUUUGUAGAAAUAAUCACUUGCGUACAAGGGAACUAUUUGCUGUAGGUUGAUUAGACGCACACAGGUUGUUUACAAGCACAUGGAAAACACGUGGAUUUGGGGGUGGUCCUGUUUGUGGACAAAAAAAUUGAGAAAAUGCCGCGUAGGGUAUAAUUUUUCUGAUGUUGGCAGACGAGACAGGUAACAUAUAACAAUCCUUGCUGAAUUAUUGGACACGAAUUUGAUAAACUGAUUUUUAAUUUUAAAAAAAAAUCCUUCAUAGGAACAUAUAGUGAAAAUAAUUACCGGUAUGAAGGCCUACAUCACAACGUUUCAUACAUUCAUCAAAUCUGAACUUAGCUACAGUUUCUUACAUAAUCAUACUUAUUAUGAGAUAAUAUACUGCAGAUGAAUGAUAAUGAUUGAAUUCCUGAAAAAUGUUAUGCAUUAAUGAAAGACUACGAUAAUUAAAAAUCACUUUUAUCGUAAUUAUUGAAGAUAAAGCACCGGGAAACAAAAUUAUGACUAUAUUUAAAGUUCCGGGUACAGUGGGUGAAGAAAUGUGGUCUUAUGAACAGAAUAAUUACUGCUAUUCGAAAAUAAUAAACAGAAAUUGUUCUUAUGAACAGAAUAAUUACUACUAUUCGAAAAUAAUAAACAGAAAUUUUCGUAACCAGAACCCACUUUAUGGCCAAAAUUGACGUUUCGGGUACAAUC